AAAGAGCUAAUGACACUUUAUUUUUUUCUUAAGAUAAUUCCUGUGGGAAUCCACCACAUGUGGAAAAUGCUACUAUGGUAUCAAGGCCCAAGGCUAAAUAUCGAGCCAAUGACAGAAUACGUUAUGAAUGUAACAAACCUUUUGAACUAUUUGGGGAAGUAGAAGUGAUGUGUCAAAAUGGGAUUUGGACAGAACCACCAAAAUGCAAAGAUUCAACGGGGAAAUGUGGGCCUCCUCCCCCUAUUGAAAAUGGGGACAUCACCUCCUUCCUCUUACGAGAAUAUGCACCAUCAUCAUUAGUUGAAUAUCAGUGCCAGUCAUUUUACCAACUGCAGGGCAACAAGAAAAUAAUAUGUAGACAUGGAGAGUGGUCAGAGCCACCAAAAUGUUUACGUAAGUACCUCUUUCUCAUAGAUCAUAGGAGAUUCAGUUUCUUGAUAUGUAUAUUUUUCUGUUAAUAAAGAACAUUCCCAGAUUAAAAGCA